AGAGAAGGCCACAGAGACGCCGUUGUGAAACACACACGUCACACAGACGCAGGACUGAGGAGGAAGGAGCAGUGUUUCCUCCACACAUGAAGGUGGAAAGUGUCUGUCAGUUGACCUGAAGUGAGUUCAGCAGUGAACUAUGGCGCAGUCCAGCCGUCCAGCUCCAAAGUUUAUAGAAGACUCCAGCCUGGAGUGCUGGAAGGUGAUUGGCAGCGGGGGUUUCGGACAGAUCCACAAAGCCAGACAUCGUCAGUGGGGCUGCGAUGUGGCCGUUAAACUGCUUCAUUAUGACAACGGGAGCAGUGCGUCUUUGCUGCAUGAGAUCAAGAUGAUGCAACAAGGAAGCAGCCCGUAUGUUAUUCACGUCCUCGGGGUCUUCAGGGGGCGACCGCCCUCCUCUGGCCCCUCCACACAGAUCGGUCUGGUCAUGGAGUUCAUGGAGAGAGGAUCACUGGCCUCCCUACAGGAAACCUUACGUGGAGCUCCACCCCGGCCGCUGCUCUUCAGACUGGCUCAUCAAGUGGCUCUGGGUAUAAACUUCCUCCACAGUCUGUCCCCCUCCCUGCUCCACCUGGACCUGAAGCCCCCCAAUGUGCUGCUGGACGACUCUCUCAAUGCCAAGCUUACAGAUUUUGGCCUUUCCCGGAUUUACUACAGCAUCACGCAGGGCUCCAAGAAGGACGGCGAAGAGGGGGGGACGAUCAGCUACAUGCCACCAGAAGCGUUUGAAUUAUCGUACAGACCUACCCGAGCCUCCGAUAUCUACAGUUAUGGUAUACUCUUAUGGUCCAUUCUCACAGGGAAACGACCGUAUGAAGGUAAACCGCCCGCCUUAGUAGAGCUCCGCAUCCCGCAGGGAGACCGUCCCUGCCUGGACGAGAUCAGCGGCCAGGCUGCGGAGCUUUCCGAGUUGACAGGACUCAUGGAGCUCAUGAAGAGAUGCUGGGCCCAAAUACCCAAACAAAGGCCCUCCGCCCUUGACUGUACAACUGAGACAGAAGGGCUGUAUAAGAUGCACAAACAUGCCAUUGAUGACGCGGUCUACAAAGUGCUGAAGGACCUGAACCUAAAGGAAGAAGAAGCAAUGAUGGAGCAGCUUCAGAGUGUUCAGCUCACUCAGGCUUCAGGGUGGACCAUGGUGGAGAGCAGAGGUUAACACCUGGACUGAAGAAGUACUCCUGUGAACUCACACUGGACACAAACACAUUGAACAGAGAGCUCAAAGUGUCCGACAACAACAGGAAGGUGACACGUGUGAGAGAGAAGUAGCCAUAUCCUGAUCAUCCACAGAGAUUUAACAUCUGGCCUCAGCUGCUGUGUGGAAACGUUCUGACUGGUCGCUGUUACUGGGAGGUCGAGUGGAGAGGAUUAGUUCAUGUAGCAGUGACUUACAGAGGAAUCAGAAGGAGAGG